CAUUUCAAAGCUGGAGACAUAUCCGUUCCCGCUGCGGAAUACAAGGCUGUGGAUUCUCAUGUGACUGCCUUGCCCCCUCGAAAACGCCCUGAGCAACUGAUAAAGUUUGUCGAAAAAACUAAGUCCGACUUUGAUCGAAUGGUGGAGUAUGACUGUGACGAAGAGGAUUACCUUUGGAUAAAAAAUAUAAACAAGGAGCGGAAGAAAAAUAAAGCCAGUAUUUUGUUGCCCGAGCAAAUGGAGCAGGUGAUGGACAGACUAGAGAAAGAGAGUCACUUUGAG